CCUCGCAGUACUUCGAUGAGGACAGCUACUCCCCUCCACCCAGGAACAUGAAGGGUCUCUCUGGUGGCCGCCCUGCCCAGCUGCAGCUCACCUCUCCCAUCUCAGCUCACACCUGUGGCCUGGCCGAGUGCGACCAUGCCCUGGACCACCACCUUUAUCAUGGCGACUCAAGGUCACCCUCCUACCUCCUUAGCCCCACUGAGAGCUGCCCCCUUGAUGGUCACCACCGCUGCUCCCCGCGAAGCUCCAUCCACUCUGAGUGCAUGGUGAUGCCUGUGUCCAUGUCAGCCACCGACCACUCCAUCUCUAGUAGCACUUUCCCCCGCAUGCACUACGGCAGUGCUUCACGGGACAACGGUGGAAACACGUCUGGUGGCAGGGACUCCCGAGAUGACUGUGGCUCCUCCUCACACGGCGGCAGCGGCAAGAUGAACCGAAUCCCACCAAACCUCAUGGACCAAUUUGAAAAGCAGAUGCCGCUGCACCGGGAUGGCUUCCACACAUUGCAAUACCAACGCACCUCCACCACAACCACGACCACAGAGCAGCGCAAUGAAAGUCCUGGGAGAAUACGCCACUUAGUUCACUCAGUACAGAAGCUUUUCACAAAGUCGCACUCUCUAGAAGGAUCCUCCAAGAUGAAUGGCACCAAAAGCGACUCGCACCGGGAAGGCUCACACCACCACCAUAACCACCACCAGGGCCACCACAAACACAGCAAACGCAGCAAGAGCAAAGACCGUAAAUCUGAUGGUGGUGGCAAGCAACGCUCUGGAGGAUGGUGGAGCUCGGACGACAACCUGGAUAGCGACAGCACAUACAGGACGCCGAGCCUCAUGUCGCGACAUCCCGUUGAGCACAUCAGCCACUGUUACCCUGACUCCAUGCACAGCCACCUGGCAGGAGACCUGUCGCUAAAAACCUCCAAGAGCAACAACGACGUCAAGUGCUCGGCCUGCGAGAGCAUAAGCAUGGCACCAGAGGGCAAGUUCAUGAAGAGGAGCUCCUGGUCAACACUAACGGUCAGCCAGGCCAAGGAGGCCUACAGGAAGUCCUCACUCAACCUGGAGAAGCCCAUGACACCAAUUGACCUCAAGCCCAACCUCAGGCCCUGUCACUAUCUACAGGUGCCCCAGGAUGAGUGGGCGGGUUACCCUGGCGGCGGGAAGGAUGACGAGAUCCCCUGUCGUCGGAUGCGGAGCAGCAGCUACGUUAAAGCCAUGGGGGAUGAGGAGAGCGGCGAGUCGGAUUCCAGCCCCAAGACUUCGCCUCAGAAGUUGGUGCGGCCAGACGCCCUGGUCAAGGCCAUCAUCAGACCCAGGGAACUGCUGGAUUCUCAGAGCUCUUACCGCCUGGAUAGAAUCAACAGUGACAUGCGUAACUACAUCACCAAUUUUGCUGCAGACUUAAGUCAGAGCUACCACCUGCAAGCCGCCAGGGACAUGCACCCCGGCAUUGCCCUGGAUCCCUCAGCCAACUACAACUCGCCCAAGUUUCGCUCCAGGAACCAGAGCUACAUGCGGGCUGUCAGCACCCUCAGUCAGGCUAGCUGCGUUAGCCAAGUGAGCCAGGUGAGUGAAACAGAAAUAAAUGGCCAGUUUGAGUCGGUGUGCGAGUCGGUGUUCAGUGAGGUGGAAUCCCAGGCCAUGGAGGCCUUGGACCUCCCCGGCUGCUUCCGCACCCGCAGUCACAGCUACCUGCGAGCCAUCCAGGCCGGCUACUCCCAGGACGAUGACUGCAUCCCCCCCAUGGCCUCCACUCUCACCUCCACCAUCAGAGCCACCACAGGGAUCCAGUUCUGCCUCCCCUCCACCUGCAACAUUGAUCGGACUCCCCAACAAACCCCAGCCAUCACCUACACACCCAACUACAAGAAGACCCCCCCUCCGGUCCCCCCGCGCACCACCUCCAAACCCCUCAUCUCCAUCACAGCCCAGAGCAGCACCGAGUCCACCCAGGACGCGUACCACGAUGGGAGGCACCCUCACGGUGGGAUGUGGGCCCCCGACGGACUCAGCCUGGGGCUUGGUCCAGGUCGGGGACUCUACAACUCCACCGACAGCCUGGACAGCGCUAAAGCCGUGACCAUAGCCAUGGAGGCAGCCGGGGUCAUGUCGGGAAAGAGACACCCGUCCACAGACAGCCACAGCUCGGUGCUCACCUGCGACAAGGCCAUCUUGGUGUCCAAGGCCGAGGAGUACCUGAAGACACCUCGAUCAUCUAUAGGGAUACAGGUGGAAGCAGCCACCGACUCCGAAUCGGAAAGCAAAGGCUCACCGGAGUACCACUCUGUUGGGAUCCAGGUAGAAGAUGAUAAGAGAGGACAGGGCAGGUUCAAACGCUCCAACAGUGUGACUGCAGCUGUGCAGGCUGACAUGGAGCUGGAGUGCUUCCCCACCAUGGAGGACAAAGGCCUGCAGUUCGGCGGGGGCUUCCAGCGCCACUCGGAGCCCAGCACCCCCACGCAGUACGGGGCGGUGCGAACCGUACGCACCCAGGGACUCUUCAGCUACCGCGAGGACUACCGUACCCCCACUGAACCCCCCAGCCCCAGGGAGACGACCAGCGAGGCCACCUGGCAGCUGGAACCCCCCUCCCAGCGGGAGAGCGCAGUCUCGUCAGUGGAGUCGGGCAGGGCGUCCCCCUCCCUGCGGAGGGACGGGAGCUGGUUCAUGCAACUGCUUCACACGGAGACCAAGAGGAUAGAGGGCUGGUGUAAAGAGAUGGAGGCCGAGGCUGAAGAGAACGACCUGUCAGAGGACAUCCUAGGGAAGAUCCGAAGUGCAGUGGGAAGCGCUCAGCUGCUCAUGUCUCAGAAAUUCCAGCAGUUCUAUUGGCUGUGCCAGCAAAACCUGGACCCCAGUGCCAUGCCGCGGCCCACUUCUCAGGACCUGGCCGGCUUCUGGGACCUGCUGCAGCUCUCCGUCGACGACGUCACCAUGAAGUUUGACCAGCUGCAGCACAUCAAGAACAACAACUGGAGGUCCGUCGACAGCCCGGAGAAGAAGGUGAGGAGCCUCCCCGGCACGCCACCAGCUCCAGUACCAAAGAAGACAGUGCGACAGAGGAGCUUGGUGACAAGGGAGAAAUCCUUGGACCUCCCAGACAGGCACCGACAGGAGGCCCGUCGGCGGCUCAUGGCAGCCAAGCGGGCGGCCUCCUUCCGGCAGAACUCGGCCUCGGAGCGAGCGGACAGCAUCGAGAUCUAUAUUCCCGAGGCUCAGACUAGACUUUGAGAAGAUAGGGUCAGGGGCCAACGUGUCUCCCUGCUCCACACGUUUAAACAACUUUAAAACUAGCCUUUUUCUAGACUGCUACUCUCUCUACUCUUCCUUUAUCCAUCUGUAGCCAUCCUCAAUAUCCAUCGCCAUCGGUCUGUAGGAUGAGCCGAGCCUCCUCUCCCAUUGCCAGAGUGUGUGUUAGCAGGAAUAAAUGUCUGACAUGGGUCGGUUGGGUUUCUCCGUGGUUUGCUGGGGAUCGCGAUGCCCAGCCUACAAGCGCUCUCUCUCUCAUCCAACGUCCUGGAUGGGUACAUCUGUAGUUUUUCAGCAUUUGCAAAGUGCCAUUCAAAAAGUGCAGCUUUGAAAACCUACCAGCAACCAGGCCUUUGAGCUAAAAUGAGUAAAUGAGAGAAAUUCUAUUUAUUUCAAGUUGUUCGAAAACGGUCAAAGUUAGUAAACCUUCAGUAUUUUUAGAUGAUUACAAGUUAGAUUGUGGCUCUUGUUUCUCUGUUCUUUUUUUGGGAGUAAAUGUUAAUUACGAGAGAAAUAUCACAGAAUUGUUGUAAGUUCUAAACUUUGAAAAGUGCCAAUGCUUGAAAUACCUCAACUAUGUGCAUGUGGCACUGAUCACCCAUUCAAGGUUAUUCAGGCAGCCCUUAUAAGCUCUGAACUGGUCAGUGUUGAAAAAUGCAGCUUUCUACCCUAUCUGGUUGUACUCAAACAUUGUUUCAUGGUCUGGAUUGGUGGAAGAACGACAUCCAUCAGCUCAUUAACAUGCACAUUUCAAUCUACUCUCCAAUAUAUCUCAUGCUCCUGUUGCCAACUUUUAAAUACGGACAUUUACUUGAAGCAGAAAACAUGCAAGUCUCGUGCCAACAUCUGCAUCAUGUCAUUGCAGUAGGAAAAUAAACUAUGAAGAUUUGUAUAACUCCUUAGUUAAAAAAUGUGUAGACAAAUGCACUUAUGCACUUAUUACAAUUCUCUCUAUUUCCAAGGGAAAUGUAUAUACCCAAGUUCACAAUAGUACUGUUGUAUUUUUUAAAUUGUGAGCGGGAAGAAUAUUCAUUGUGUUUAUUUUUUCCCCACGUAUCCGCUGCUUCCCUGCCCUCUCUAUUGCUUUCGACAAAUCCGGAUCUGUCGCAGCUUCAUCACACACAUGCAGACACACACACAAAACCAAGCUGCUGUGUUUUCAUUGAAUACACUUCUCUCAGGCCCUUCCAACUAGUGCCCCCAGCCACAGUUAAUGAGGAGUGAUAGAAAAAUACAAUCAAAACAUAAAAACACAAAAUAUCUGCAUGUUAGUUUCUUUAAUUGAAGAGCUUUGCGAUGUUCAUUUUCUUGAAAAAGUUUUGUGUUGCUGAAAGUCCAAAGAAGCAGAAUUAUAACUGUGCUGACUCAACCAAGAAAACACUGAGAAGUAAUGAAAAAGAAUUUGGGCAAAGGGACUCCAGAGGGAUGGAAGAAGCGACCCCCCAAUAUCUAAAAAUUGCAUAUCUCCUGGGGAAACACGAGUCACAGUCUGUAGCUGUGCAGACCCAUGUGGGACAUCUAAACAUUUAAAUAUCAUAAACUAUGAUGUAGCUUAUCGAGAAAUUAUUUGCCAUUGAUUACCAUGGUAAUGCUGAGAUUGGCUUUGGUUGCACCAGCUCUUUGUAAAUUUAACCUUGCGAUAUCACAAGUGAUAGAUGAAGUGAACAUUUCCACAUAUGUUACAAUUGGAUGCACAAUGUUAACAACUUCAUAUGAAGACGAAUUUGCAACAAAAUAUUUAAUUACACCUACUACCUGCCAGGUGUAACUGCAACGUAGCUAAUUGUACCAACUGACAAGCUAAUGUUAGCUUGCUAUACGUGACAAGUUCAGAUUUAAGCGUUAAUGAACACCUGAAAUGUAUUCAACACACUGUAUCUGACUGAUGAGAGCUUCAAAGACAGCGAGUUGACCGGGAAGCGUCACCAACCAGAUGUUGCGUGCUUGUUCUCAGUCAUGAUUUCAUCUAUUCUUUCGUUUUUCGCUGCAAAACAGAACACACGACGUUGGACCUCGUGUCCUUUACCAGGCUUAAAUGGACUUCUCUUGCGAUAUAUUUUGAAUUUACCAUGCUAGCUACUUUUCCUAGAAACAUAAAGGCCUGAGGAGACAAGUUUUUGCGCUACAACUCGAUUUAGUAAAUCCCCAAUUUGAAAUCACCACGUAGAUUCUAAAAACUCAGGAGGGACAUGAGGGACAUGGUGGUGGAUUUACGAAUUCCUGGUGCAACCCAUAUCCUGGUAUGUGACACGGUAGUACGAAAAACCACACUGAAGUGGUGGGGCCUUGAAUUAAAGUGUCCCCACUUGUCACAGAGUUUACUCCCAGUUAUAGAAAAUAAGCUAGUCUUGAGCAGAAGCCAAAACGCUGCUGCUCUUUCUUCCGCAUCGCCGAGCUAAAGACUGUAGUCUGUUGGUAAAAACUUUGAAUAAUCAAUCAACUAAAUGGUGCUGCUUUUUAUUUAAUCAAUACAGUACUUGACAAACAAUCAAUGCGACACAGUGUCCUGUUAGCAGAUCGAUACAUCACUUAAAACUCUAUUUUUAUGACUAUUUUUGGUUGAUUAAUUGUGCCAGUGUGCCUGGCAUCAUUAAGCGUUGGACCAGGGAGAUUCAUCAUAGAGCAUUAACAAGAAAAGUACACUUCUGUGAAUUGUAGCUCACGCAGAGAUACAAAUAGUCCCUGUGUCAUCAGCACUCUGUUGAAACAUAUUUUAGAUACCAUAGCAUAUAAUUUAACUUUUUGUGCUACAGAUUGUAUUUUUGAUAAAUACAAUCCUAAUUUUUUAACCGUAUAGGCUCUUUGGUAAAUUUAAGAAGACACAAAACAAAAAAGGCUCUGAAUCCUUCAGAUGAGUUCAAACCGACUUUUUCAACCAUUUUCAGUUGCCCUUGAUUCAACUUUGACCAGAAUGACAGAAAAUCUCUUCAGACAUCAACUUUUCACUACAUCAGAAUGGAAUGUUCACUUUUAAUUUAUCAUCAACUCUUGUAGCAGAACUCAGAUGAUACAUUUCAGAGAGCUAAGAAAUAUUUACACUCUAACAAAUCGCCAAGUAACCAAAUUCAUCAGUAGAGUGUUUCUGAUAUGUCAUGCCAUUCUUCAGUUUAAGUAAAACACACACACGCACACUCAUCUAUAGUUCUGCCCUUUUGUUCAUACAGAGGCAGGGACCUUUAACAGCAUGACAGCAGGUUUCUGGAAAGCGUCUGGGUGUGUGAUGCCAGGCAGUUGGCAGAGCUGAGACGUUCCCCUGCUGUUGCCACAGUGGCAGGCAGACGGGGUAGAGACAGACUCGGCCUGACAUAUGCUGGCUUAGAGGAGACGAGAGCUCCGCACUGAGCCCCAAACCGCUGGUGUUGUGUGCUGUUGUGUAGCUGCGAGGCUGUUUCUGUGUGCAGCGCUGGGCGCUGGGCUGGGUAUUUUUUCCAGCCUGCCUUUGACUAAGCAAAGCAGCUUAUGUAAGAUUUCAGGGUCCUUGGUGAGAUCAAGCAAACAGCCUCCGAGGCCCUUCAAAGCUUAUGUUGAUAGAUGUUUUGCUGAAUAGUGGCCUACACUGUAAAACUUAAGUAUCAGCACUGUACAAAAUUCAAUCUUUGCUGGGCUAGUUUCACCGAGGGCUGUCAUCGAAACAUCAGAGCCAUUUUCUCUCAUAUGCAAAUCGAUCGGGGCGGUGGAAAAAAAAAAGAACUGUAUCCACCGCCUUGGUUCGGGUUAAAGCAUUUCUCUCGCUUCUCCUAGAGGCUUUCUCUGCUCAUAGCUGCGAUGAGACCAUUUUUCUAGUUAGACCGUGGCUGAACCAUUUUAAAUAGCAAAAUGAGAUCAGUGCCAGAAGUCAAGGGGGUGCGGAAAAUGUUGAAAAGGAUUUGUGCAAUAGAGACACAGGCUUUAGUAAAUUCGCAGCGAUACAGUCAGAAGUAAGGCAGUUAUCAUAUAUUUAGUUUCAGAUCAAUUUCCUUUCCAGGAAAAAAAACUAUCUUGGUACCUUGAAACACUCUCAGAGCCGUUUCCUUAGCUGUGAACAACAUCUUUCUGCUGUAAUGAUUAUAAGUCAGAAGAAGUGUUUUUUACCCUUUUACUCACUUUUGUCCAAACAGGUAACACUUUUAGGUGGACAGCUAUAAUGGCCUCCGGUUGACAAAGUGAUUUUGUAUUUUCUUGCAGUGUGGCUGUAUGUUUUCUUAUCUUUAUUCCAGAGUGUUGUUUUUGGUUUGAGAGCAGGACUUAUUGAUUUCACGUUCAGAUUUUGUAAUGCUCUCACUCAAAGCCCUGCGCUCGCACUCAAAUAUACGCUGCUUGUGCUUAGAUUUGUUUGCGCAACAAGUCUGUUCAAUCCCCAUCCAGUAGAAUGCCAGGUGUCACUUUUGCUUUUGGUACUGUUCCUAUAAAAUACAGGGGGGAAAGAAACAGGGCACCAUAUAUUUUUUUGUUUUAUAGCUGCUAUAGCUACAGUGUUCCCAUAAUGGAAAUAUCUUGAGAUCCUUGAUUUUGCUGCUCCAUGUUGACCAGAGAUCUACUGGACUCCUGCUCCGUGAAGGUGUCAUGAAGGUUCUUCUUCAAACACACAGACAGAAUGCCAGCGUAAGCCGUGGAGGGCGCGAGUGCAUAUACCCGGUAAAAGUAACCACCCUUACAGGACUCUCAAAGACAAUAAGCUAACACACCCUCAUUUAUGAUGGGACAAUUUGGCUUGUCAUCACUACAUCUGGCAUUCUAUUGAAUGGGGAUUUUAGACAGACUUGUUGCACAAAAAAUGCAGAAGUAAACAUAUCCGAGAGCAGACGUGCAUGGAAGCAGUGUGAGCACGAGAAGUAGAGUUGAAGCUGGAGCGCAGGAAAUCUAAGCGCAAGCAGGGUAUAUUUGAGUUAAAGCACUACAAAAAAUCUGAACAUGAAGUCCUGUUUUCAAACUGAAAGACCAAGCUCUUGUAAAGAUAGGAAGAAAAAAAAACAUAUGGCUGUUUAUACCUUUGGUUGUUGUACACUUGCGUGGUGCAUAUGGUGCUGUGAGCAGUGGAGGAUUCCCUCACUUGGCAGAAAGAAGCUGUAGUCAUUUUUUAGAUUAAAGAUCAUGGUACUCAAACAUGUCACCUCCCGAAAAAACCAGAGGGCAGAAAAUGCCAUCAAUGUCACAUUUAAUAUAAUGAGGGCAGCAAAUAACUACAAGUGCCAUCUUUAUCCAGCAUACUGUAAAAUCAUGACUCCACACACGCCGCAUAUCCAUCAGUUUUGUGUAAGAGGACCAUUCCAACCAUCUCCCUCUGUAUUUCUAUAAUUUCAACCCAUAUCUUGACAUUCUGUGGCCUCCCUUCCAGUAUGUGACUGUCUGUCCACUUCUGACUCUUGAACCCAUGAUGUGAAACGUUUCAAGGGGACUUAUUUUUCAUGCCGUGGAAACAGCGUCAGACUCACUUGGAGAUAUUAGCCUGAUAUACAACACUUCCUUGAACCUGGAAUGUGAGACAACUCUAUAAUUACGAGAUAAAAAGGAAAAAAUGUAGUGGUUUAGCUAAAACUAUUUUCAUCUCUUGUAUAUCAUAUCUAUAGUGAGGAUGAAUAUAAUUCCAAAUAUUCAUUAUUUGUAAAGAAAUAUAUAUAUAGAUAUAUAAAUAUAUAAUAUAUGCUUCAUUGAAAACAUGACUAUUUUCUGCUCUUGUUCAUGUUUUGUUUUCAUUUUUACUUUGUUAUGGUUAUUUUAUAAGCUGAUAUGAUGGCAUGCGAAAUACUGAUUCUGAAUGUAGGCUUUUGUUUUUGUCAGAGACGACCACACUGCCCCACUGAUGUACAUUUGUUACGUAUUUAUUUCAGUCGACCACAUAUGCAUUUCUCAGUGUGUGUUUUUUCAGUGCGAGUUACUGUAUCACAGGGUUACUUUUGUAUUAUUUGAGUCGUUUGCAACAACAUAUGCAUCUCCCUCCAUUCUUUCCUAGCUGAGCUAUUGAAAGACUUUUGAGUAGUUUGAUCAUUGCUGAGGUCAUCACAUGUAAAUAAUUCAGCGAUUAAAUUUUUGGAGAAAAAGUUUGGAAACGUUUGUCUGUGUCGUUUCUUUGAAAAAAACCUCAGUCAGUUGCUCUCACGGCAAAAUAAGUUGGUCCAAUGUUAUGAGUUGAUUUAUAAUAAACCCCUUAAAGAUUUAAUUUCAUAUUGUCAGACUCAACAGCUAUUUAUUGCCUCAGCUAAUAACAGUAUUCUCAGUGGCAUUAGCUCACAGGAGGAGCUCAAUGAGUUAAUCAAAUUGUUCUUGACAAUCCAUGUAUUUUCUAUCUGCUCAACAAAUUAGCAGUGAGAUAAAGAUGAAGGGGAGCUUUGCAGCAUCAAAGAAAUGAAAAUUACUUCUGACUGUUCUUGGUUAGGUGAGGCAGGAAGGUCACCAGCGACUUGGCAUUUACACCUAUCAGCCAUAACAUUAACAUUAACAUCACAGAUAAUUAGUAUUUCUUGACUUAGUCGAGCCAUGAAGCCUCAGCAGAUGACAGGGUUUAAUGCUGAUUGGGAUAGAAUAUACUUUAAUUUCAUAUGUGCUGCUAUUUUGUUCAUUUUGGCAAGUGUGAGUCAACUCACCUAUGUGUGUAAGUCAUUAAAAAAUAAUUUUGGUCCGGGAACCCCCCAGGGUCUUUGAGGGGUUUCCAGGGAGGUCCCUGGCAA